AUGGUCCAGGUAGAAGCCGACAUGACGGGCUCGAGGCAGGAUGAGAAGCAGGCAGGCGUCCUUCCGGGGCAAGUCUCCGCGCUACGUGCUGACCCAAUAGCAGAUUCACCAUAUGAAGAAGCCUUAUCCAAAACAGGAUAUGGAAAAUUCCACUAUUACGUCCUCAUCUUAUUCGGUGGAACUUACAUCGCAUCUUCCAUGGAGGUGACAUUAGUCUCAUUCAUAAUUCCAGCUGCUAAAUGUGACUUCUCGAUGUCUUCGCAAGAUGCUGGAAUACUCACGGCUGCACCUUUGUUUGGGAUGACUCUUGGUUCCUUUUUCUGGGGUUUCAUGGCAGAUUUGAAUGGAAGGAGGAAUGUACUGGUUUACUCACUUAUAUUUGGUGGACUAUGUGGUUAUGCGUCUAGUAUUGCUCAAUAUUUUCCAGUAUUCUUGCUUUUGAGGUUCUUUAAUGGUUUUUGUAUGGUCGGUGCUUUGAGUCUCUGUUUACCGUUUCUUGGAGAGUUCCAACCAAUCAGAAUAAGGGAAAAAGUUUUAUGUUGGAUGGAACUGGCCUGGACUUCUGGCAUUAUAUUAUUACCAGCUAUAGCAUGGCUCAUCAUACCAAUGAAAUUUGAAAUAAAGACUGAUUAUUUCUUAUUUCAUUCGUGGAAUCUCUUCGUAAUUGCUUCUGCAACACCUGCUUUUCUUUUGGGAUUGUGGGCAUUGCGGUUUCCAGAAAGUCCAAAAUUUCUCUUUGACAUUGGAGAGCACGAAAAAGCGUUAGAAGCCAUGAAAUAUAUUUAUCAUAUCAAUACUGGAAAACCAAAGGAAACAUUUCCAGUUGAAAGUUUAGAAGAGAAAGGAAUCAGUAUUGUUGGUUUCAGCAUGGAAUAUAGUAAAACUAAAAAACAUACAAGGAGUCUGUCUGUACUUGUGCGUAAUAUGGUAGCCAUUGCAAAGACUUUAUUUAAACCACCAUACAGGAAGAAGACUCUUCUCAGCUGCUCAAUUUCCUUUGGAAUCACUUCAUGUUAUUACACCCUGAUGAUGUGGUUCCCAGAACUUUUCACACGCUUUGAGUACUAUUCAGUACUGCAUCCUGGUAAAAGUGCUUCAGUAUGUGAAGUAAGUUCUGUUUUUAUUGAAAGAGAAGGCCCUUGUCAAGCCAAUAUUGAAAAUCAGGUUUAUCUGAACACAAUAAUAGUUGGAAUAGCAUGUAUUCCAACAAGUCUUUGGCUUCCAACUUGUGUGAAUAAGUUGGGAACUAAAUUCUUUAUAGUGUUUUGUGUUUUCUCUGCAUCUUGUCUUUCAUUUGGCAUGAACUUUGUUACAACAUCAACUCAGAAUUUGGUUUUAUCAUGCUUAUUUGAAGCUCUUACUUCACUUGGGGUUGUGACUCUUUAUUGCAUACUAGUGGAAAUAUUUCCAACAAAUGUUAGGGUAAUGGCCACUAGUCUCACAAUAGCUAGUGGUAGGAUGGGAGCAUUACUAGGAAACUUAGUUUUUGGAUACUUAAUUGAUUUAGAGUGUAUAGUUCCAAUCCUACUUUGUGCAGGUGUUCUAUUUGUAACUGGGAUCACAUGUAUAUUUCUACCUGUAAAAAUGAAAAUAAAAACAAUUGAAUUUAUUUGAGGAUAGACAAUGCACAUCAGCAAUGAUUAUCCAAUCUCCUGAAGUUAUAAGAGUGUUAUUUUAUAUGAUAAUACUUCAUUAUAACUUUCCAUGAUUGUAAAAUAUACUAAUUAACCUUAAGUAGCAAACAAAUUGUUACUUUAAGCAGUUAAGAAUUUAGUACUGAUUGUGAUAUUAUAUGUUUACUCUUCUUAUUUAUUAGGGUAUGAAAAAUGAAACUAGUCAAAUAUUUAAAAGGCAAAAUUACAAGUUGUGCCUGAUCGCUUACUAGUAUUAAAAUUUAAAUACAACUGGGAAAAAACACAAGUUAUAUACUGUGUGAGAUCUAUUAAAAUUUGAAGAUUCAAUCUUUUGAAAUGCUGUAGAAGAAAUAGGAAACUUUUAUUAAAUACCAUAAAAUGGAGGAAUUUUAAACAUAUGUUUAGUUCUCUAUGAAAAGGAAAUUUUUUCUUGGACGUUGGCAAGAAACAAGUGAUUCUAAUUUUUAAAUAAUAUUACCCAUCAGGAUUUAAAGUUCCUUCCUUUUACAAUAAUGAUAAAAUGGUCAAAUUAAGUGCGAAAUGUCAUUCUUUUCUGAUCAAAUGGCAGUUUUUCACUUAAAAUACUGACUCGAUAAUAUUAAUGUAAUUAUUUUUUCCUUGUUGGAUGUGAUGUAGAUACGAAUAUUGUUUAUAACUUUACAAAAUAAUCAAUAUCAUCGAUUUAUUUUUAUCUCAUUCUAGUUUAUACCUUAUUAAUCAUAAAAUUUUGUAAUCUUUCGAUAUAUCACCUAUGUUCUCCUUGUGAUCCUGUACUAAUUUAACAAUCUCUCAAUAAAUAUAGGUAGAUCAAUAAAAUAUAUUCAUAGUAGCUAGUUAUAAAAAUAUUUUUAAGAUUCAAUUGUCGUGAAUAUCUGAUCUAAAAUUGAAAAUAAAAUGAGAAUGCUUGUGCCAAAGAAUUUAUCAUUUUUAGAAUCAAUAUUUUAAACGUUAAUUAUUCAGAUUAAAAUAAAUAUAUUGUAAUUUAGUUUUAAUUAUCAUAAAACUCAUUAGCAAAGAUUGAUCUGUUUUAAAGCUAGAAUGCUCAUAUUACUAAGCAAAAGUAAUUUUUAAAAGUGUUUUAAUACUUUACUCUUAUAUAUUUAUUAAGCAAUACUUAAGUAUAUUUGUAAAUUAUUAAAAAUUAAUUAUAAAAUCUUGAAAGUUAUAUUAUAUCGCACUGUAAGAAUACAAGAAACACUAUUGGAACUAUAAAAAAUUUCAACAUAGAAACAUUCAGGGAGAUUUCUUAUGACAAAGAACAAAUCCAAUCAUCAUCAUCUAUUGUUUUAGCCUAGUAUUUGAGGGCUGGCUACUGUGGAGGAUGAUAGUGACCAACUGUUAAAAUUCUUGACAUUACAAAGUUUUGAUUACUGUCACUUGUAUUCUCUCAAUGUGAUAUAUACUUUACCCAAAAUGUCAGUCUAUUGAUGUUUAUACUUAUUGUUUAAAGAAGUAAUCAAAAUAUUCCAUUUUGGGGUGCAAAAUCAUAGAUUAUUUCAUCAUAAUUUGCAUAAUUUGUGGCGGGAAAACUUUAAUUUAAAUCAACUUAAAAAUCAUUGAUCAUUUUAAUUAAAAAAUAAUAAUCAUGCUAUUGGGGCUAACAUUUCUUCAAUUUCAAUAAAUAUGUGGUCAUGUUACCAUCUAAAAAUGAGGCCUUGAUAGUCAAGAAAGUCAGGUUAAAGUUCAGAGUGAUAUAGACACGUUUUCUGACAGGAUCAAUCAAAAUUUAUUUCAUGGAGGUCUCUCUAACUGAAUAUUGAAACUCCCACUCCAGUAAAAGAUCGGGGCAAACCUCUAAGUAACUCUACGUCCAAUAGACCCACUUGCCAGAUUUGUUCCCCUCCAGCAAAAGUACCAGUAACAUUUUGAGCUAUUUAUAUUGUAUAAUAUGUAAUAAACUAUCUGAUUCAGUAGUAUAUUAGCUAAAUACAGCCUGCUUAUGUAAAAUAACAUUUACUAAAUAGAAUCAAAUGUAAAUUAUUCUAAAUUUUGUAAAAUAAUAUAAGAAAUUUUAAGGCUGAUUCAUUAAUUUUAAGAAUUAUUUAUAUAAUCAUUACUUAUUAUAAUAAUUAAAUACUUAUUGUAAGUACGAUUCCCACCCCCAUGUAUAUAUGUAUACUGUAAAUAAGUUACAAUCAUUUGAUAAUUAUUAAAAUGUAAUAGGCUUAAAUCGUAUUUAUAAAUUGAAAUAUACGUUACAAAAUCAUGAAUUA